CCCAUUCCGCAACCGCGCGCCCCCCCUACGCAUCCAAAUCUUAUUCCGAACCCUCCACCAUUCCCACCCCUCAACCCACAGAACUCCGAACCUCCCCCCUUCCUUCCCUCCACCUCCGGAAUAAACCCCUUCCCCCCCCCCCCUUAUCCCCUUCUUCUCCUCUCACAUACCUAUAUAUCCGCGCACCUAUCAAACAACCCAAGUACCUUCGGCAUUGGACGCCUAACCCUUUUCCUCACCCCUGCACACACCUCAACUGCUGCCUAA